GAUACCCUUGAAAAAACUGUUAGGAGGAUUUAUUUUAAAAAAAAAACACUGUUUAUAAAAAAUUGAUUAAUCAUAAACAAAUCAUCACUAAGAUUUCCUAAGGGAAUGAACAAUGUAUCCCCAGUGAACAUGUGUAGGUAAUGCUCUCUGAGCUCUGUGGGACGCCAUGUCUGAAGAGGCGAUCUCAGGAAGCGACCUGGACCCCAGCGUUAACAGCGAGGAAGAAGAACUUGAAGAGGAGGAGGACGAGGAUGAGGACAUUGAAGAGGAUGAUGAUGAUGAGGAGGUUGACAACGACAGGGAUGAUGAAGACGACGCCGUUGAGCGGCCAGAGAGUGGCCAGGGCAGUACAGAGACGGAGACCCAGGGAGGGAGGGACUCCCCCUCCGCUACCUCACCCUCUGAGCCCCCGUCUCAGCCCCCCUCCAGGCCUGCGUCUCGCUCCCAGCCCCCGUCUGGCCCCAGCUCCCAGCCUCCCUCCCGCCCGGAGAGCCCCAGAAAGGACAAGACCCCUGAAGGCAAAAAUAAGAAACCAAGGGCCUCCAAGUCUUCAAAGACCAAAACCCCUUCGUCCCACCCUGAGAGCCCCAGCCAAGACAAACCCUCUCCCGGCAAGAAGAAGAAGCCUAAGGACCCCAAGUCCAAGGACCCUAAGCCUGUUAAACCCUCUAAACCAGCACACAUGAGGAAGAACAUCAGGAAGCUGCUGAAGGAGCACCAGAUGGAGGCGGUGACCAAGGCAGCCCAGCAGGAGGAGUUGGAAAGGCUGAGGCGUCUGGAGCAGCAGAGGAAGGAAUUCUCUGCCCAGCCGGUCAUAGAGGCACCUCCUGCAGGUGACGUUCCGACGGUGAGGCCCGGGGACGAGGACUUACAGGGUCAGGGGUCGUUAGAGGCUGCGUUCCUGGCCAGGCAGGACAUCAUCUGCCUGGACAGCAGUGACAGCAGUGGGGAGGAGGAAGAGGAGGAGGAGGAAGAGAUCAAGCCACCAGCCCUCCCCCCCACCAAGCCCGCUCUCAAGCCUGCUGUCAGAGACGAUGUAAUCGAGCUGAGCUCCGGGGACGAAGAUACGCUGCAGGUCAACAGCGAGUCGGCCUACGACGAAGAGGACGAGGGUACCGGGGCCACGGACGAGAGCAGCGGGGCCCACAUCAACGACUUGCUGAACCAGCCGGACGCGCAGGGACGAGUCCUGGUCAACAUCAACCACCCCACGGAGGAGGUGGACCUGUACCUCGCCCCUCAGCUUGCCCGUGCCGUCAAACCACACCAGGUGGGUGGGAUCCGGUUCCUCUACGAUAACCUGGUGGAGUCUCUGGAACGCUAUAGGAGCAGCAGUGGUUUCGGCUGCAUCCUGGCCCACAGCAUGGGGCUGGGCAAGACCCUGCAGGUCAUCUCCUUCAUAGACAUCCUGCUGAGACACACUGGGGCCCACACCGUCCUCGCCAUCGUCCCUGUGAACACGCUUCAGAACUGGCUGGCGGAGUUUAACCUCUGGCUCCCGGCCCAAGACUCCCUGCCCCCAGACAAUGACCCUGACGUGGUCACCGGACGCACCUUCAAAGUCCACAUCCUCAACGAUGAGCACAAAACCACAGUGGCCCGUGCUAAGGUGGUGGAGGAGUGGUCCCGUGACGGAGGCGUGCUCCUGAUGGGGUAUGAGAUGUACCGCCUGUUGUCCCUGAAGAAGAGCUUUGUUACGGGCAGGAAGAGGAAGUCCAAGAAGCCCCAGGGGCCCGUCAUCAUUGACCUGGACGAAGAGGACAGGCAGCAGGAGCUCAUGAAAGGGAUCGAGAAGGCCCUUGCCAGGCCUGGCCCAGAUGUGGUGAUCUGUGACGAGGGUCACCGCAUCAAGAACUGCCACGCCAGCACCUCUCAGGCCCUGAAGAACAUCAGGUCCAGGCGGCGCGUGGUGCUCACGGGCUACCCCCUCCAGAACAACCUGAUUGAGUACUGGUGCAUGGUGGACUUUGUCCGGCCCGACUUCCUGGGUACCAGGCAGGAGUUCAGCAACAUGUUCGAGAGGCCCAUCCUGAACGGGCAGUGUGUGGACAGCACGCCACAGGACGCCAGGUUGAUGAGGUACCGAAGCCACGUCCUCCACAGCCUGCUGGAGGGCUUCGUCCAGAGGCGGGGUCACGACGUGCUGAGGGACCAGCUGCCCUCCAAGGAGGAGCAUGUGAUCAUGGUUCGCCUGUCGCCCAUCCAGAGGGCCCUCUACACGGAGUUCAUGAACCGCUUCAGAGAGGCGGGCAACAGCGGCUGGCUGGGCCUCAACCCACUCAAGGCCUUCUGCGUCUGCUGCAAGAUCUGGAACCACCCCGACGUUCUGUACGAGACCCUCCAGAAGGAGAAUCUGGCCAAUGAGCAGGACCUGGACCUGGACGACAUCACGGCGGCCUCCAACCCCCGCGGCCUGAAGGGCAAAGUGUCCGACUCGGCCAACAGUCGGGUCAACACCGCCCUGCCGCCGCUUAACCCCAUCCAAGAGAGGGCCAAUCAGGUCAUUACCUACGAAUGGGCCAAGGACAUCAUGAGCAACUACCAGACGGGCCUUCUGGAGAACUCUGCCAAGAUGGUGCUGCUCUUCUACCUGAUCGACGAGAGCGUGAACAGAGGAGACAAGAUUCUGGUCUUCAGUCAGAGCUUGUCCACCCUGACGGUCAUUGAAGACUUCCUGUCCAGGCGGCCCAUGCCAGCUUGUCGAGUAAACCCCGAAAACCAAGGCCAGACCUGGGUUCGCAACCUCAACUAUUACAGGUUGGAUGGGAGUACAUCAGCUUCGGAGAGGGAGAGACUCAUCAACCAGUUCAACAACCCAGAGAAUACCACUGCAUGGGUCUUCCUCCUGUCAACACGGGCGGGCUGCUUGGGGGUUAACCUGAUCGGGGCCAAUCGGGUGGUGGUGUUUGACGCGUCAUGGAACCCAUGUCACGAUGCUCAGGCGGUGUGUAGAGUGUACCGCUACGGCCAGAGGAAACGCUGCCACAUCUACCGACUGGUCUGUGACUUCACUCUGGAGAAGAAGAUCUAUGACCGACAAGUCUCCAAACAGGGCAUGUCUGACCGCGUGGUGGAUGACCUGAACCCCGUACUGACGUUCACCCGCAAGGAGGUGGAGUCCCUGUUGCACUUUGCCGAGGAAGAGCCGGACCCGGCCAAAGCCCCCAUCCAACCCCAAGAAGAGAUGGAGACCGUUAUCAGUCAAGCCUGUCAGCUUUACCCCCACCUCAUCACUAAGGAACCCUUCCAUCAUGAGUCUUUGCUGGUGGACCGGAAAGAGUCCAAGCUGACUAAAGCAGAGAAGAGAGCUGCAAAGAAGAGCUAUGAGGAUGAGAAGCGGGCCUCCGUCCCAUACUCUCGGCCCUCCUACGCCCACUACUACCCAACCAGCGACCAGGCCCUCACCAACAUCCCAGCCUUCAACCAGCGCAAUUGGCGUCCCAUAGCCCGGGGUGAUGAGAAGCCGGUGGCCAGCGUCCGGCCCGUCCAGUCCACUCCCAUACCCAUGAUGCCCCGCAUGGCGGGCAUGGGCAUGGCGGGCUCCAGCUCGGGGCUCAGUUUCCCGGUGAACUACCUGCAGAAGGCCGGCGUCUACGUCCAGAGAGUCGUCACCACAACCGAUAUAGUGAUCCCAGGAGCCAACAGCACCACAGAUGUCCAGGCCCGAAUUGGUGCAGGAGAGAGCAUCCACGUGAUCAAAGGGUCAAAAGGUACUUACAUCCGAACCAAUGAUGGUAGGAUUUUUGCCAUCCGCUCCGGGAAGCUCAGCAGAUCAGUGCAGGGAGGCUCUGCUACUAACAGAGUUUCCCAGAGUUCCCUGCUCCACGCCAUCGGUAACGGCUGUACAUCCCCUGCAGAGGGCCAGCGGUUGACCCCUGACGGAACCUCCCGACCUUCCACCCCUGAGAGCCCCGAGAUCCUCCGAGAGCUUAGCCGCUACGCUGUCACCGCGGACGCCGUCGCCAUGGGCCACGAGCUACAGUCGCCGUCGGACACGAGUAGCAUGAUGGCUCAGCGGGGCGGCGUGGGAGGGAGCAGAAUGCAGCAGUACAAUCAGAGUACAGAGUCAGACCUCAGCCGGCAGCUCAGAGAGGAUAUCGGCAUGAGCAUCAGCGAGGCUCUCCUGAGAGGCUCCAAGCGCAAGAUGGCUGCCGCCGCCUCCGAGAGCCGUGGACACAAACAGGCGGGGGCCAAACGCAGCUCGUCUGCAGCUAGGUUCCCGGGCCUCCCCCUCAGCGGUGGAAGGCUCAGUUUCCCUCCCCUGAACCAGGCUCUGCUUGGGGCCCUCGGGGGCCGUGGGGGACACAUGAGCCACCCGCUGCUGAUGGGAGGCAGCUCCUCGUCCCCUUUCCUCCAGUCAACAGGACAGACUCUAGGGGACCUGCAGACCAUGUUCCCCUCAGCAGGGACUGACCUCCUCAGUCACGCCUCCUCGGCCAUAGGCAACAACGGACACCUCCCCUCCUACUCCACGACCUCCUCCUCUCCGUUGUCCUCCACCUCUUACUCCAACACCAGCACCACCAUGCCCGUGUCCUCUGCCUCCACCUCCUCCUCCAGCCUGCCCCCCUACCUGAUGAACCCCAGUGUGGCUGGUUUGCUGUCUCCGGGUUUCCCCAUGAGCUACAGCGUGCCUGAGCCCAGGAUGUACCCCAGCCCCCUGGGAGAAGGCCCGGCCAGCUCUGGCGGGAGCUCCAGCUUCCUCUCCCACUUCCCCUCUUCACCCUCCAGCCUCCUUGGGUCCCUAGGCCGUCCCGAACCCCAACACGCGGCCGCAGAGAACGGUGGCAGCAGCUCGGACGAUGACGUCAUCGAGGUGACGGGGCAAUGAACCAACGAGCAUUCUUAGACCCAGAGGGGAUUACAGACGACACCCCCCACCCCCCCACCCAACCCCGCACUCAAACACGGCUAGCCUUCGUAGCCUCUCGCCCACAACUUUUACAAACCCACGGACGGAUGAUUGAGACAAUAAGUUGUACCUCAAUUUGCUCAACAAGACAAAGUAAGAAAAUCCUUAUGCUGAAUAUCUUACUAAAGAUGUGUCUGAGUCCCUGAGGCUGCUGACCCUGUGCACCCGAGACUAUGGAGCAAUUCUUUUUCUUUUUUUUUUUUUUUGAAGGGGACCAGUUGAACGUGGGGCUUCCGAGCACUGCCUCUACAGCUAUAUCUUCUGUCAAGGCUUGGCCGUGCACUUACUUUACCCCUGCGAUCACAGAGGCCAAUCAGGCCCCACGAUCUGCUCUGAACCAAAGGACCCGUGUGAUCAUCCGUUGGGCCGUUGGCGUGAAUAAAUAAAAAGUGAUUUUAGAGUCAUUAGCUGUUUGAUAGGCAUUGUAGCAUCCUCCUGACGGAAAGGAUGACAAGACGAUAUAUGUGGCCUGGGUGUUUUGAUUCUAAUAAUGUUCCCGAACUGAUCUAGUUAAUAUUUUGUAAAUGGUGGUCAUACUCAUUUGUUGUUUAUAUACACGGGCCAUCAAUCUGGGCGAGGGUUGAGGUGAAGGGAAAGGGUGGCAGUUAGUGUUCAUAUGAUCAAGUUGUCUUGAUAACCACAACGGUAACACCCUCAACUCAGUUGCCCAGGCGGCCAUUUUAGUUUAUUUUUAUUUCUGUAAUGCUCAAAUGAAUGUACAUUCAUGUCAGCCUUUUGAUAACACACGGCGGUGAUGUGGGUGGGUUCAGACAUGUUGGCAUUUGUUCUUUUUAGCCUUAAAUUACACUAAGGGGUCUUCUUGAGUCUUAGUUUUUAGUUCCUUUAGUACACCCUAUCCCCUUUUGAACAACGUCAGAACUACUCCAGAGUUAGGGGCUUUCAGACUAGUUGGUGUCCAGUCCAGAGGUAGCCUCCACUCGCUCUGUUCUGGGGCCUUAAAUGUGCAGCUUUCUGAUGCUAAACGACCCUUGUAUAAGUCUGGAUCAGAGGUAGGCCUCACAAAACACUAAGACUGUUACACUAUAGAUGAACGGAUCCCCAUUUGAGCACAAGUUGCUGAAAAGACAUCUGAUAAUUUCGCUCGACAGGCUAUGUGUCAUAUAUUCAUCAAGUUCAUAAAACCUGGUCACAGAGUAGCUGUGCUGAUCUAGAAUCAGCUGUUCCUGUAUAUAAUCAUAUUCAUUGUGAUCUAAAAGGCUAAACUGGUCCUAGAUCAGCACUCUGACCUACCCUUUCUGAAUGCAGGCCCUGGCAGUAUCCCAUUCAUGGGGGCCUUCUGUUUAAUCCAAUAGCAUUCUGUUUAAUCCAAUAGGGUGUACGCGUUUAAAAAGCCAACACAACCAUAGAGCUCCAGUGACGCAGUUUAAAAGGGAUUUCUGUAACCCACCAGAACUACUGCCUUCUCUGGCAUAGAUGAGCCAACCAGGCAUGUAGAGGGUAUGGAUGGAUAGAUGGCCUUACCCAGUUGGAAGCAAGAUGCACAAAGAAGUUGCCAGUCUCAGAUGGUUGUAUCUCCGACAGCAUGGUCUAAGUAGCUUCUCUCAGUAGAGUAUCUCUGUAGCUCCACGGUGCUGUGGGACUUCUCUGUCUGUACAGGUCUGUGUGUUCUCUGUGAUUGGUCGACUACAUUUCUGCGUCUGUAUUGUCAUCUCCAAAUCACUGAGUGGAAUGGCUCCGGCCUCAAGUUUGCUUCUCUCCACCGGAAAUAAAUCUAACGUUUAACAUGGAACUAUGGAGUUAGGCUACGGCUAGCCCGGAGGAUUACCAGAUAUCAUUUUCUUUUUCUGAUCAGUUAUUUUGUUUUACCUCUUGUUGGUCUACCGUACACCUCUCACAACCUUCUCUCCACCACACCCCACAAACCUAACAUAAACGUCUGACGAAGUUCUCUCCACCACAAACCUAACAUAAACCUCUGACGAAGUUCUCUCCACCACAAACCUAACAUAAACCUCUGACGAAGUUCUCUCCACCACAAACCUAACAUAAACCUCUGACGAAGUUCUCUCCACCACAUGCCCACCUGCAACGCUGCUGUCUGACUUGUCAGUUUCCUUACAUCCCGUUUCUAGUCCAUCAUGAUGUUUUUUUUUUCUCCACCUCAGCUUGUAAACCUUUACUGUUUUGUAACUGUGUGGUCUUUUCCAUUAAAUAAUUCAGCCCAUCAUCCCAGUCCUUUUAAGAGGUAAUUAUUUCCCCAGAGGAAGCCCCAUCCUCCCAGAUCACAACUGUUCUACUGUGCUUAUAAGUGUCACCACAAGAACAUGAUCAGUAUGCUAUAUUUUAUUUUUUUAAGUAACAAUGUUCUUUUAUAACAUCUUGGUAAUGCUAGCUCACCUCUACUAGUUGGUCGUUUAUUUCAAUGUAUGAAUUUACCAAAAUUAUUUAUUUAUAAUGAUGGAAAACAAUUCAUGUGUUGUCUUUUUUGUUCUAUUGUACAUUCUACCUGUUUUUUUUGUUUUGUUUUUUUUAUGACCUGUUUGUCCACAUUGAUCUUUUUACCAGAGUCCUUGAAAGAGCAGGUCAGUGGUGCGGACCGAGAGGGCAGUGGAUCAGACGGAGAGAUAUGGGCAGUUUCCCCGUGUAUCCAGCAUAGAGAGCAGAAAAUGACUGUGUUACUUCUUUAAUGUUAUUUUAACAGUGAAUAAAACACUUCUCUUGCGUUA